GGCGGCUCACGUAGCCCGCCCAAGAUGGCCGCCUCGGAGCGAGCUGCUGCUGCUGCGGCGGCGGCGGGGUUGAGGGCAACAAGCAGCCGCUGAGGCGGGCGGCAGGGAGCCGGCAGCGCCCGCCGCGCAGCGGGGUCUUUCCGGGCUGCUGCGGCACCAUGCAGCGGGGCUAGCGCCGGGGGAGUCCGCAGCGGGGCAAUAAUGUUAGCAGAGACCAGUCUUUCCAUAUGGGGAUGGGGAAGCCUUGUUGUUGUGCUCUUUCUAGUAACUUUUGGACCCUUUGCUAUAUUUUACUUUGCAUUUUAUAUCCUCUGCUUUGUGGGUGGGUGUUUUGUGGUUACUCUCUUAUUUGGAAAAACAAAUUCAGAAAAGUACCUUGAACAGUGUGAACACUCAUUUCUUCCUCCUACUUCUGUUGGGAUUUUUAAGUGUACAGAAGAAAUGAAAUGUGAAGCCAGGCCUAUUAAGAUUGACAGAAGAUUGACAGGUGCCAAUAUAAUUGAUGAACCUUUGCAACAAGUAAUCCAGUUUUCACUGAGGGACUAUGUCCAGUACUGGUAUUAUACACUAAGUGAUGAUGAAUCCUUUCUUCUUGAAAUCAGGCAGGCUCUUCAAAAUGCACUCAUUCAAUUUUCUACUAGGUCGAAAGAAAUAGACUGGCAGCCUUAUUUCACCACUCGGCUUGUUGAUGAUUUUGCCACUCAUCUUCGAGUAUUCAGAAAAGCUCAACAAAGGAUAACCGAAAAAGAUGAUCAAAUGACAGCAGAAGACCUUGUAGAUACAUUCUUUGAGGUUGAAGUUGAAAUGGAGAAGGAGGUCUGUCGUGAUCUAGUCUGCACUUCUCCCAAAGAUGAAGAAGGAUUCCUAAGGGAUCUGUGUGAGGUGUUACUGUAUUUAUUGCUACCUCCUGGAGACUUCCAGAACAAGAUCAUGCGAUACUUUGUCAGGGAAAUCCUCGCUCGAGGAAUUCUUCUUCCAUUAAUAAACCAACUCAGUGAUCCUGAUUAUAUUAAUCAGUAUGUCAUAUGGAUGAUUCGUGAUUCCAAUUGUAACUAUGAGGCCUUCAUGAAUGUUCUUAAAUUAAGUGACAAUGCAGGGGAGCUGGAAGCGGUAAGAGAUAAAGCUGGAGAAGAACUUCAAUAUCUUCGAUCCUUAGAUACAGCAGGAGAUGAUAUUAAUACUAUAAAAAAUCAAAUAAACAGCUUAUUAUAUGUUAUUAAAGUAUGUGAUUCAAGAAUACAGAGGUUGCAGUCAGGAAAAGAAAUAGAUACUGUGAAACUGGCAGCAAACUUUGGAAAACUUUGCACAGUCCCUCUGGACAAUAUUCUAGUAGACAAUGUUGCACUACAAUUUUUUAUGGAUUACAUGCAGCAGACUGGAGGCCAAGCACAUCUCUUCUUCUGGAUGACAGUGGAAGGGUACAGGGUUACAGCACAGCAGCAGCUAGAGGUGUUAUUAAGCCGACAGAGAGAUGGAAAGCAUCAGACUAAUCAAACCAAAGGCCUAUUAAGAGCAGCUGCAGUUGGAAUUUACGAGCAGUACUUAUCAGAGAAGGCAUCUCCAAGAGUUAACAUUGAUGACACCUUGGUAGCAAAACUGGCAGAAACACUGAACAACGAGGACCCAACACCUGAAAUUUUUGAUGACAUUCAGAGAAAAGUGUAUGAAUUGAUGCUGCGGAAUGAAAGAUUUUAUCCUUCAUUCAAACAGAACGCACUGUAUGUGCGCAUGUUAGCUGAACUAGAUAUGCUAAAGGAUCCUAGUUUCAGAGGAUCAGAUGAUGGUGAAGGAGAAUCUUUUAAUGGGUCCCCUACAAGCAGCAUCAAUUUGUCUUUAGAUGACCUUUCGAACGUCUCUUCUCAGGAUUCAGCGCAACUACAUGCAUGCAUUUCAGAUACUGGAGUAUGCAAUGACCAUGGCAAGACAUAUGCACUGUAUGCGAUCACUGUACAUCGACGCAAUCCAACUAGUGAAGAGAUAUGGAAAACAUAUCGUCGCUACAGUGACUUCCAUGACUUCCACAUGAGGAUAACUGAACAGUUUGAAAACCUAGCAAGUAUAUUGAAGCUUCCUGGCAAGAAGACAUUUAACAACAUGGACAGAGAAUUUUUAGAGAAGAGGAAAAAAGAUUUAAAUGCAUAUUUGCAGUUGUUGUUAAAUCCUGAAAUGAUGAAAGCCUCCCCAGCUUUAGCCCAUUGUGUGUAUGACUUCCUGGAGAAUAAAGCGUACAGCAAAGGAAAAGGUGAUUUUGCUCGGAAGAUGGACACAUUUGUAAAUCCACUGCGUAACUCUAUGAGAAAUGUUUCAAAUGCAGUCAAGUCCCUCCCUGACAGCCUGGCAGAGGGGAUGACUAAAAUGUCAGACAACAUGGGCAAAAUGUCAGAAAGAUUGGGACAAGACAUAAAGCAAUCAUUUUUCAAGGUGCCUCCUUUAGUGCAGAAAACUGAUUCAGAUCCUGAACACUGCCGUGUUGCAGCACAGCUUGAUGACAAUGUGGAUGACAAUAUUCCUCUUAGAAUAAUGCUGCUCCUUAUGGAUGAAAUCUUUGAUUUAAAAGAGCGAAAUCAGUGGUUAAGAAGAAAUAUAAAAAAUCUACUGCAACAGCUUAUUAGAGCAACAUAUGGAGACACAAUCAAUAGAAAAAUAGUUGAUCAUGUUGACUGGAUGACAUCUCCUGAGCAAGUAGCAGAUGCAGUGAAGCGGUUUAGAGAUGCCUUUUGGCCCAAUGGCAUUUUAGCAGAAACUGUUCCACGCAGAGACAAAGCUAUUAGAAUGCGAACAAGAGUGGCAGGGAAGACUAAACUACUAGAGAUAAUGCCAGAUGAACUGAGGCACAUCAUAGGUGCUGAGACAACACGGAAAGGCAUUCUUCGAGUCUUUGAAAUGUUUCAGCACACUCAACUAAAUAAGAGAAUGGUAUAUGUCUUUUUGGAGGGCUUUCUGGAAACCUUAUUUCCACAGUAUAAAUUCCUUGAGCUCUUCAGCAAACUGCAUUCACGGUCAGAGCAGAUGCAGAGAUACAAACAGAGACUACAACCUACUCAAGCACCUUCAUUACAGAAAAGGUGACACUCCAAACUUUUAAGCUGAUGUUUGUUUGUCCAGGAUUAGUGGCAUGGGCAUAUUCUCUGGGGCUUAAAACUCACAUGCUCUUGUUUCUGCACCAGUCUUUUAGUCUCACAUAUUAGACUAUUAAUACAUCCAUAAGACCUGUGGAUCUUCUCAUCCUCACUAAUAUUGCAACCACUAUUACAAGGGGAUUUGUGUGUCUCAAGUGAUUUGGUGCAUCUUCAUGCAACAUUGAGAAGAAUAUUGGCCAGUUAUGUAAGAAGUGUCGGUUUCUUCCAUUCCUGACUGAAUCAGUGAUUGCCAGCAGUGAAAAGUGCCAGACUGUAUUUGCUGAGGGGUAAGCAAAGCACAACUACAGUGCCAAUGAGGGAUUUGGCUAGUUUAGCACUGGGAGAUCGUGCAAUGUGUGUGAGAAUCAGGUGGGGGUUUGUUUUGCAUUUUGAUUAUUGGAGGCAUUGUGAGUCUUGAUCGACGUUUGUUUGAAGGCUGCACUAACAGUAAUAGAAGCCUUUGGAAUAGCUGGUUCUGGGGGGGGAGAGUAAAUUAAAAGUACAUUCACUGAGUAGAGGCUGAGAACUUGGCUUUUACACGUCAAUUAACUUCACCUCCAUUUAUUUUGAAAAAAUAAACUAAUAUUAUAUCUUUGUUGGUUUUGUUAUUCACCAGUGUAAGGAAGAGGUGUGGUAGAAAAUAGACCCUUUCUUCUGAUGAAUUUGUAGCUUUAAGGGCCUACUUCUGUUCUUAUGACACAUGACAUACAGCUUGCAUGCAAUUUAAUUAGAAAUGGGGCAUAUAGUUUUUAUUGAAAUAGUGCAGUUGGUAUCUUUUUAAAAGCAUGUCUCCAAUCAGUGAGCAGUGACAGAAGGAUGGGGAUCCAUUCUCCAAACAGGAUAGACACUAUAUUAAGAGUAAAAAUUUGCCAUAAAAAGCAAGUUACUCGUGACUUUUUUUGCAGUAAAACAAAGUAUUUUUAAUAGCCCACUGUAUUGUACGUGCUUCAGAAUAGCCCCAGAAUGAUUAUGAAAAGUUGCUAGAAUUUCUUGGUGCCUCACUUAUACAAGAAUCUUCUAGACUUUAUUAAAAAGUCAUGUGCAAACAUUUGGAAAUUCCUGAAUGUGUCGUAAUGUAUAUAUGAAAAUAAAAAAGGAAACACAACUACAAUAUUUUUAAAUAUUUUUUUUUAUUUUUUGCGUAAUGUAAAAUUUUAAUAAAUAAACCUAUUCUGCACAAAAGCCCCAAGUCUAUCCAUUUACUUCCAUAAAAAUUAAUGUCUGGUCAAAAAUAAAUAUUAAUUACACUUGUUUGGUCUUAAUAGAUCACAAAGUUUGCAACUUCCAUUUUUUAGACGUUCCCUUCUGUCUUGAACUUUAACAUCUAUGGCAAAGGAUUUGAACCAUGCACACUCCAUUGUCUUUUUUCCAUUUUUUAAUGUAAAAAAUUUUUUUUUACAUUAGAUGUAAAAAAAAAAUAUCUAAAUUCUAAUAAUUUAAAUAGGGUAUAUAACUUAUCACUGAACCAAGAUCCUCAGAUAGUAAUUCAAGCCUAGAUGGGAACAAAAGAUGGCUCCUUUGCUUGAGGGAUGGGGAAGAGGACUUUUAUGAUAUCAUCUUGAGGGUAGGAAUAAAAAAUGCCCUCAAAAAUCGGGUCUGCAAUCAAAACAGAUAAAAUUUCAUAUUGAUGUUCUUUUUUUCUCUUAGAUUUCAUUCAGAUCAUUUUUUCAUCAUAUUUCUAUUGUAUUGAGGAUGACUGACAUUGAUAUAUGGUAUACAUGUGCUUGAGUUUACUUUUUCUUCUUUACAGAUCUACUUACUGUAAAUUAAGUCCCUUCUUUUAUAAUUUCCAGGAAGGCAAAGAUAGUGUAUGUAGAAGGUUCCCUACUCACUGUCCCAUCUAUGUAUAUUUCACUAAGUUUUAAAGACACAAAAAAAUUAAGAGCUAUUGGAAUUAGCCAUUUUUCCUUACCUUCUUGAAUAAGGUAAUUGAUAUUUCCAUGAUUGAAAUUCCUGUUGCUUGCAUGCCGGUCUAAAUCUUAUCCCUAUGUCAAUAUUCAGGGCUCGACAAACUGCAGCGAAAUCCACUUGCCAGCCCCUCACCGUGCAUGUGCCAGAUCCGCACUGCACAUGUGCAUGCCGCCGCUGAACGGGGCGAUCGGCUGAAAUCUACUCGCCACAGACGAGUAGAUACACGGAUUUGUUGAGCCCUGUCAAUAUGCCUCAGCAUAGUUGACAUCUAAAACGAAAAAUAUCAUGCAAAAUUUGUGUUUGAUGGGCCACACAAUACAUCAGCUGCUGGAACGUGAUGUACAUAAUAAACAGUAUAUAGAAAAGAGGCGUAAAAAUUAUACCCAACUCUAUUUUUUAGUUAAAUUUGUAAAUCACUUAAUUACAUACAGUGCUUUGAAAUCACAAAAAUAAUAUACUAGUUUCUGAAAAACCUGUGGUGCCUCUUUUCUAUUGGCAUCUGUGCUAAACUUCUGGAAGAACAAUGGUCAUACUCAUAUGGCAGAUGAUUUUGCAGUUACUUGGUACAUAUAUUAAAAAAAAUCUGCUGGGACAUGAUUUGUAAAUUACGUACCAGGUUUAAAAAGGUCAUUAUACUUAGUGCAGUUACUGCAUAUACAUAUAAAAGGCUUUGUUCUACUAUUUUAUUUCCGAAUGAGGGUUGUUAUUUUUAUAUUGUAGGCAGGAACCAUCAAAGAUAAAUAAUUUUAUCAAUGUUUGUGUUGUUUAAAUGGUUUAUGUGUUGACCAUUUAAAAUCAACCCUGCCAAUAUGUGUGAUAUAUUACCCUGUAAAUGCCCCAAAAUUGAAUGUUAAAUUACAGCACUUAAUAGGCUAGGUCUGUCUCCAAGCAUUUGGGUGCUGCUACUAGCCGCUGAAAAUAAUUGUGCCAUUGUCCAACAAAUGCACUUAUUUUAGCCUUAAUUCAUUUUAAGAGAAAAUGAACAGUUGACCAUUUCACUUGACUCGUCCUAAGCUUGCGUUGCUGGUGUUUGCUAAAACAGUUAACUUUAAUGCUACCAGAAUGUGUACCAAAUUUUUUAAGAAGUAAAAAAUAAAUUCCACGGUCUAAAUUUUAAUUUUGUGCAAUAUUUUCAUUUAACGCAUGUGUAUUUGAAUAAUUGUAAUAUAAAUGCAUUUUUAAUGUUUUGAGAUCUAGGUUAAGUUGUCUUCUUAACCCAGCAAUUUACGUUCUGUUGUUUUUGCAUCAGUUUAUUUAAGGACUUGUUUUAAAAGUCUUGUUUGACACUCCUUAUCUCUCUUGUUAUUGGUGAUCUUUGCUCAACUGAGCAUGGCUCGUAUAGUACAAGGGAAAAUCUAAAGAGCACAUCUUAUAACUAUAGCUGUUAUACAUGACUUGUGCAUAUCAUUGUACAGUAAGUGUCAGCUGUGUGCCUAAUUGUUCUAAUUAUCUUAUCCUCUCCCCUUUUUGUCUAACAAAGAACAAACAUGAAUCAGAAUGUCAGUCAUUUUUACUGAAUGGCAAAGGACUCUAAUUUUUUAUUUGGAGUUUGCAUUAUGCUCUGUCCAAUAGAAAAGCUGAAAAAAUAUUACACUAAUAAAGUAUUAACAAUG